AUGGCUUGUGUGACUAAUGUGAAAUAUACGAGUAUUGGCCUUACUAGCUUGUUAAUGGAAAGCGGGAGACAGAAUAGAUUACACGGCAUAGCCAUUUGUAGGAAUGCUCCCUCCAUAAGUUAUUUGUUCUUCGCAGAUGACUGUUAUCUCUUUUUUCGGGAAAAUUUGGAGGAAAUGGUGGAAGUGAAAGAGAUCCUUGGAAGGUAUGAGAAGGCCUCGAGGCAGCGGGUGAACUUCAAUAAAUUGAACCUUAUGUUCAAUCGAAAUUUUUCUGAAAUGGCGGAUUUGGAGAUAGUGGCGGUUAUGAAUGUCAAAUUGGUGGUGGAUCAAGGGAAGUAUUUAGGUUUGCCUUCUUUUAUUGGAAGAAAUAAGAGACAAAUUUUCCAAUAUUUCAAAGAUAAAAUUUCGCAUAGAGUGAAAUGGUGGAAUGCUAAAUUUCUCUCGAGAGGAGGUAAAGAGUUCCUUAUUAAGGCGGUGGCUCAAUAUAUUCCCAAUUAUAUUAUGAAUCUUUUUUUGAUUCCGGUAGGGUUGUGUGAGGAGUUAGAGCGGAUGAUGAACUCGUUUUGGUAG